AUGUCUGUGCCUGUCGAUCAACUCACCGUCGAACAACUUGCCUCUGUCAGACAGCAGCUAGACCAAGAGAUUCAGCAUCUCACUCAGUCUUUUGCUGCGCUCAAGCAAGCGGAAGCCAAGUUUAAAAGCUGCAAAGAAGCCUUGGAGUCUGUCAAUGCCAACGCAGCAGAGAAAGACAUCUUGGUGCCUCUUACGAGCUCACUCUAUGUGUCCGGAAAACUCAGCGAUACCUCGAACGUCAUCGUAGACGUAGGUACAGGCUACUUCGUCGAAAAGUCUGUCAAAGAAGCUCGAAUUUUUUACAACAGCAAGGCGAUGGCAUUGCGCAAAAACCUCGAAGAGAUACAGCCGACGAUCGAACAGAAAGAAGAGAACAGACAGCUCGUCAUCAAUCUGCAUCAGCAAAAGCUGAUUUGGCAACGACAGCAAGCCGCCAAACAGGAGUCAUCCUCAUGA